AUGGCCGUCCAAUCUGCGUGGCGUAUCCCGCUGCAGGUCUCGAUACCCUUGAGCAUCCUCAUGAUCAUCUUUGCCACCUUUUCAUUUACUGGAUUUUAUAGUCCAUUCAGAAAGGAUGGCCAAGCCCUGUUGUUCACUACAAGUCGCACGCCGACGGACGAGCAUUUUCUGAACCGUCGAAAAGCAUCCGCUCCUUGGGUCUAUCAUGCACUGCAUGCGGUCCCGGCCAUCAUCUGGAGCAUUGCCAUGCCCCUGCAACAUGUCGAUAGUGUACGCAAGAGAUGGCCCGUCGUCCACCGCGUGGCCGGAUACACCAUUCUCUCCCUCUCCAUGGUGCUCAGCACGACGGGCUACUGGUUCUUCUUGUCCAACAACGCCUAUACGCACAGAAACGUAUUCCAUAUGCACAGCUUCAAAGGCCUUGGGUCCGUCAGCUGGCCGACCUUUGAGUUCACGCUCUGGAUCAUCGGUCCGUUUUACUGGCUCACGAUAUACAAGGCGGCCGUCACGGCGCGGGCCAAGGACUUUGCGCGCCACCGGAAAUGGGCCGUGCUGCACACCAUCUGCGCGAGCUACAUCAGUCUUGAGCGGGUGGCCUACGUCACGCUCCUAGGUAUCGGCUUUGCACUAAGCUUCUUGCCCCGGGAUAUGGUCCACGAGUUCUUUGGGGUGGGCUACUCGGUCGAAGAGAUGGCCGAGGCCGAGCUCAGCGUGUUCGCGCUGAUGAACGUGCUUGCUCAUGCCAUGAUGUUGUCCUGGCUGGCUUUUGAGUUUACGCGGGCAGGAUAUUUUGGUGACGUCAAGGGCUACCUGUCUUCGCGCACUGAGAAGAAGAAGGAGCUGAACAAGGUCGAAUAG